AUGCCGCUGAGGCCAGUAGGGCCUAUGGUGGACGAUGGGAGGGGGGAGAUGCCUACCCUCCAGUUUUGGCCCUUCCCCUCUUCUGACCUCUAUAAUUGGAAGCUUAACCAUCCCUCUUUUUCUGAAGACCCCACUAGGUUAAUUAAUCUUUUAGAUUCUCUGAUGAACACCCACCAAUCUACCUGGGAUGACUGCCAGCAGCUGCUUCAUACCCUGUUCACUACUGAAAAACAGGACCACAUAUUGGCAGCAGCCCGGAAGAAUGUAAUAGGAUUAGAUGGCUUGGUGACAACCAGACCUGAUGUUACUGAUGAUGAUUUCCCCUUGCGAAGACCGAAUUGGGACCCUAGCAUGUACGAAGAUAGGGGGAGCCUGUCCACCUAUCGCCAGUCUCUCAUGAGAGGUCUCUGGGAAGUGACUAGGAAGCCCACCAAUUUGGCCAAGGUAAAAGUGGUGAUACAGGGACCCAAUGAGCCUCCCAUGGUUUUCCUAGAAAGGCUGAUGGAAGCCUAUAGGAGUAAGCAAUUAUUAGUACAAGGGGCUAAUGGAAGUAGCUACCGUUCUUGGACUACUUCCCGAACUAUGGACUUGGGGAAAGGAGAAAUCAAGCAUUCUUUCCUGGUCAUACCGAACUGCCCCUCACCUCUAAUGGGACGGGACUUGCUAACCAAACUCAUAGCCCAGAUAACUAUUGAAGAAACUGGUCCAGAGAUUGCUUUUCUAAAUCCUAAUGUCCAACCACUUACCACCUCUGUCCUGAUCAUUAGGGCUGAGGAUGAAUAUAGACUAUUCACAAAUGAUCCCUUGCCACAUGAAAACCAAGACACCGAUUUUUGGUUGAGACUAGUUCCGGGAGCUUGGGCCGAAACUGCUGGACUAGGGUUGUCUACCUUACAGGCACCGGUAGUGAUAGAGUUGAAAGCUACUGCUGUCCCUGUGCGAGUCAGACAGUACCCCAUGAGUCAGGAAGUGAAGAAAGGCAUAACUCCUCAUAUCCGGAAACUUCUCCAACAGGGGGUCCUAGUACAGUGUCAGUCAGCCUGUAAUACUCCACUACUCCCAGGGGACUAUCGGCCAGUACAGGACCUAAGGGCAGUUAACAGCCAAGUGGAAGUCAUCUAUCCCACUGUGCCUAACCCAUACAAUCUCUUCAGCACCUUAAGCCCUGAAAGAAUAUGGUACACCGUACUGGACUUAAAGGAUGCUUUCUUCUGCCUGUCUCUACAUCGCAGUCAACCCUUAUUUGCUUUUGAGUGGAGUGAUCCUGAGGCAGGAAUUUCGGGUCAACCAAACUGGACCAGAUUGCCCCAGGGAUUUAAGAACUCCCCUACCAUCUUUGAUGAGGCCUUGCACCAAGACUUAAGCUUCCACAGCCAGCACCCCCAGGUUACCUUGAUACAGUAUGUGGACGAUCUUUUAAUUGCAGGAAAAACUGAAGAGGAUUGCAAGCAGGCCACCCAUGACCUGCUAAAGGAACUUGCUCAACUAGGGUAUAGAGCAUCAUCCAAGAAGGCACAGCUGUGCCAGAGAGAGGUGACGUUUCUGGGAUACAUGCUACGAGAGGGAAAAUGA